GUUUCAGCUGGUGAGUUGUCCUGUGCUAAGGUGUUGCUGUGGUGACGUCAGUCAGAAUGGCUCUUCUUCUUCCUCUCAUCUUUUCUCUCAUGAUUCACAGGGUUUCUGGUGCUGGUUGGGGUGUGAGUUACAGUCCUUCACACAUCUGUGCACUAAAGCACUCAUCAGUGAUAAUGAACUGCACUUAUACAUACCCUACUGGACAUCAGGUCAAGAAAGUGUUCUGGACCAAAACACAAGUUAAAGGUAAACAUAAAGGGUCAAGUGAAGAGAAACAUGAAGAGCAUCCAGAUCUGUCUGAGGACCCUGAAUACAGUCAGAGGCUUCAGUAUCUGGGAGAUAAACAGCAGAACUGCACCAUCAGACUGAGUCAUGUGACACAGAAAGAUGAACACAAGUACUAUUUCAGAUUCACAACCAAUAAAGAUAAUAAAUGGCUUGGUCAUCCAGGAGUGACUCUUACUGUCACAGAUCUUCAGGUGGAGUCUCCUGAGAGAGUGACAGAGGGAGAUUCAGUCCGUCUGACAUGUAAAAGCAGCUGCGCUCUGACUGACGGAGCAACAUUCAUCUGGUACAGAAACUCACAGCCAUUAACUGAGAGAAGAGACAGAAACAAUCAACUCCUGCUGCAGUCAGUCAGAAGAGAGGAUGCAGGCAGAUAUAACUGUGCUGUACAUGGACACACUUACAUCUCUCCUGCUGUUCAUCUCAGUGUCACGUACCCUCCAAAGAAUGUCUCAGUGUCCAUCAGUCCAUCUGGUGAAAAAGAAGAUUCAGUGACUCUGAUCUGCAGCAGUGAUUCAAACCCACCUGCAGAAAUCAACUGGUUUAAGGAGAAUCAAAGCUCAGCUGUUGGAUCUGGACAGAGUUUCAGUGCACUACAGAGUGGACGCUUCUACUGUGAGGCUCACAAUCAACAUGGAUCUCAGAGAUCAGACGCUGUUACUGUCACUGUUAAAGGAGGAGAUAAAACAGACCUGUACGCAGCUGUUGCGAUCGCAGCCGGAUGUGGAGUUUUAUUCCUUAUCUGCAUCAUCAUGUUCAUAAGGAAGAGAAAAAGUGGAGUGUCUGAUGUCAAGCAGAAGCAGGUUCAACAACCUUCCAGCUCUGAGGGUAACCACUGUGAUGAUGGUCUGUAUGCCAGAGUUUCACCCAGAGCAGAUCAGACCGCAGGAAAAACUAAACAGAUAAUGUACACAACCAUCCAAUACAUCAGAAACAAUGUAAGCAACAAGAGUCUGAGAGUGCACCAUCCUGAUUCUGCUGCGAGAUCCGAUGCGAUGGUGGGUAAAUCAGUGAUUUACAGCACAGUCAAAUGAUCCAGGACCCGUCACAUGGAUUGAAAAUGAAGCUGGACUCCAGCUGAGUGUAAAUAUACUGCAGUUACUGCAGCUUUGAAUCAGAUGUGUGUCAAGUCACAUGACACUUCUCCCUGUCAGUAGUUGAAUAGGAAAUACUGGUCAGACGUACCAAUACCACAAACUAAUGUCCAUGAUAUUUAUUUACAUCAUUGUACCUAGAUCUUUUUAAGACUGUGGUUAGUGGUUUGGUGUGUCUGUGUGGGAAGUUACAUCCUCAACAAGCUGCAUUUAAACGCCUGUCUAACACUUUCUGUUAAUAGCAUGUUUUGUAAUGUUUCCAAUAAUUUGCGUAAUUUUCCAUAAACUGCAGUUUCGAUGUUACGUGUCUUAGUCACUCUUCAGUAAGCAUACGUUUUUGUCUAUUUUUCAUGUUUCAUAAAACAUUGAUGCUUUGACAUUAUAAUUUCAUGCAUGUUUAAUGUAUUGGUAUAUUUUAAGAUUUAAAUAAAGUUUUUG